ACCGACAGCAUUCAAAUAGCCUAAUCAAAGAAGCUCUUAAUAUAAGUCGGAUUUGAUGAGACUUUGCGAUACAGCUGCUUGAUAUCUGAAUUCCGUAAAGGCAGCAAUGGCUGGCGUUGAAGAGAAUUACGACAUUUAUGAGUGCUGCAAGAUUUAUCCCGGUGAACAUGAAAACGGACAUAUCAAAAGAUUGAGGAGUAUUGAAAUGAACACUGAAGAAAGUGGAAACGAGGAAAGUGAAAAUAGGGAAAGUGGAAACAUGGAUAGUGGAAAUAAGGAAAGUGAAAAUUCGGAACGGGAAAACGCGAAAACAUUUCUUGGAACAAAAGCUCAGUUUUGCGCGGCAUUUUAUCAUGUUCACAAGUGGUUUGAUAAUCCAACAAAACGUAUUAUUCAGUAUCAUUGUCUUGACAAGGACAACUGUAUUAUCGCUAAACGAGCGAUGUCGGAGAGUCGGAGAAGAAAUAUAGAGGGAGAACCAGUUAAGCAUUGGUCUGUGAAACCGAAAGACGUAGUGGCUAUCGUCCGGUUUGAAGACAGCCAAGGUACAACUCUGUACGAAGCCAGGUAUACCAACUGCCACAAUGAUAAAAAACACGCUGAGGAUUUCUUUGAAGAUGACAUAGAAAAUGGGCGCUUGGCAGAGAUAGUGAAAGCCGGCAAAGAUGGAAAAAUAACGAUGUUCUUGACCCUACAACCUUGCAACGAAUCGAUAAGUGUCGAAGGAACCUCAAAUACUCUUGCCGAUCAAAGUUGUUGUGAAACACUGGUCAAGAUUUACACUGGAAUACUUCGCGACAGGAGCAUACGUUUGUGCGUUAAAGUAACUCACAAAAAUCGAUUGAGUUUCAGGCCUGAAAAAGACGACAGAAACGAGACUUUACGCCAGCGGGCUGUGGCGGGAAUCACGGCAUUAAUGCUAAUUGGCGUUGAAGUCGAGAGCAUGACAAGGGAGGACUGGAAAUACCUUUUUCGUCUGACAGAAGCAGAAUUUACAGGAGAUAAAAGGCGCUCAGAUUUAGAUAAAAAUGUUGAAGAUACUCUCGCGCAAAUAAAGCAGUUCACAGGAUCGUUGUCAUCGUCUUUAUCUUUGCUUUCGUUGGUCCUUCGCGAGUUAUACAGCGAACAACAACAACAACAACAACAACAACAGCAGCAGCAACAACAACAACAACAACAACAGCAGCAA